ACGUGUUUUUCUUCUGCAGGGUAUCCCGAGACGUUCAACCAGUGCGCCAUGUUUAGGACUGGUUAUAAUGGGAGACGCUGGCUAUACUGUUGGUUUUGUACAGUACUACUAAACACAGCUACAUUUCCUCCGGUAUUCACUGCGGAAUGCAAAGUGGAACUAUCGCCUUACUAUGUCCCUCAGACGCUCGCCAGCUUUAACGAAAACGUAGGCCACAGUUCGCAUGGUGCGGUGAAUAAAACGACAGGUUUUAGCCAUCUUUGGGUGACACGGUGUCGAAUAUUCAGAGAGAAGCCGAACCCGACUCAGAAAAGUAUUCUGGUAUCUGCCACUUUAAAUGUGGAUGAAGAAAUAUUGUACAAGGGCGCGCGACUAGUGAAUCUGCUGACCAGGUUUAUUCCACAUGAUCUGUAUGACAGUGUAGCGGAAUCAAUGUCUGUGGGGAUUUACAGCGAAGGACACGAGCACCCGGAUGUGUUCCCCGAAUACAUGCCCAUAGAAGAGUGUAAAGCUACUUGUAGAGGUGACUGCAGCAAAACGUGCACGGACCGAGGUAUUCAGAUCUCUCAACAAAUCUCGUAUGACGGGAGACGGGUGGUGGUGCCUGAUGGAGACAAGGACUGCCCUUUCAGGGACCCAGUAACGAGGCUACAGAACCUUCUCGUCAAGGAGUUUGCAUCGUCCUUGUUAAAGCAUGGUUUGACGGAUACGUAUAAACGUCAGCUUGAGGAAGCACACAAAUCGGGUCUUUCCGUAUGGGUGGGCAGACCACCUGUUAACAGAUAUUUUCAACAAGCCACGCUUUCCUGGUUCCAAGCCACAAAGCUGUCGCCAAGAGUAACAUAUGGAAUGAAUAGAUGUUCUGGGGGAGUGAUCUGUUAUGAUGAGCAGUCUUCGAGACAAAACAUGAAAGAAACCGAUGCCCUGCUGUACAGUGUACUGAACGCGAUAUUCAACAAUAAAAACAGUUACCUUAUUGGUGGUAUCACACUCUGUGAGUGGUGAAAUACGAACAUAUAUUACACAUGUCGACUGAAAUGGGGUUUUUUGUUGUGUUUUUGUGCGGGGUUUUUUGGGUUUUUUUUUUAUCCCAGUGCCCCCUUUCCUUUCUCUCCUUUGAAUUCCAUCUCAUUUCUUCCCGAUCUGGCAACUCCUCCUAUCUUUCAACUUCUUUCGCUGUCCAUCUCCACAUCCCAGUCCUUGUCUCUCCAACCGCGACAGGUGCUUGUCUUUUGUAGCUAUCUGUGGCACACGCCUGUUCUCCUUCAGCUUUUAGCUGUAGGCUUAGUCUGACCACUUCGGGGAGUGUUCAGUAGUUACUUCUGGCAUUUUUAAGAGGCACUUGUAACCACCUACUAUGCACCCCUACUACCGGCGGUCGUUUCGACUGAAAUGUUAGUUAUUAUGUGUACGAUGGUUUCGUUGAUAAUACCACUAAAUGAUUAAAAGUAA